CUUACCAUUUACACCGAAAAACCGGAAAUUCCGGAUGGAAAAUCAAAUGGUACGUUCCAUUCCGUUCGGAACGUUGCGGAAAAAGUGGGUGGUCGUUUGAGGUGAUCCGCUUUUCCCGCUCUUUUCGGUUUUCCCGGUUGGUGUGCGAACCAUUUCAACUUCCCGCUCUUUUCAAGAUUUUUCACGCAAGACGAAACAAAAUGGCGGAGAAUGAGGGAAACGAAGGAUCAGCAUCAUCAUCAAUGGAUCUCAAUUUGGACAGAUGGGAAGACAGACACAUAAAUCUUCUUAUAUGUUGCUGGAAAGAUCAUAAAGGAUUAUUCGGCAAUGGUAAAACAACCAAAAAAGAGGUGUUUCAAAAAAUUGCAACAAGCUUCAACACAAAGUCAGAUCUCAGAGUAUCUGCGGAUCAGUGUGCAAGAAAGUGGGCUAAGCUGGAAGCCAAACUCAAAGAAGUUACAGAUCAUAACAACAAAAGUGGAAAUAGCCACAAGAAGUGGAAGUACUACUCUGAGAUGGCUGAUUGCAUCGGCAUGAAUGCAGCUGUAAGGCCUACCUAUACCCUUGAAUCCUCAUCUUGUGUGAUGUCAAAUGAAGGUGAGGAAAGUGAUAGUUCUGCUGAUGGUGAUUACCCAACUGAAACACCCCAAAAGAAGACCCCCAGAAAAAGGCCAGCAAAGAAACGCAAAAGUAGGUCGUCUGCAUCAGAGAUGCUCACAUUUCUCCAGGAAUACCAACAGAAAAAAGAAGAAGUGGAAAACAAAAAAGUUAAGAUGAUGGAAGAAAUGAAUGAGGACAAAAAGUUAUUUUGGGCAAAUUUACUUCAAGUGUUGAAAAACAACUGAGAUGGUUUCAUUUUAAUUUGUAUUUAUAUACACAUUUAUGUGAUAAUACGUUAAAACGUACAUUUGCCAGACAAUUAUAUUUACAACACUUACAGUUUGUGCAAUGUACUUUGAACUUCAACUUCUUGGCCUUAUUUCCAUAUAGGUAAAUUAUGUCGAAAUUUU